UGCAACACUAGCACCCUUUAAUUUCAAUGUGUGGCUGUGCACUGAUAUCUUACCGAGUUUGGCAACCAAAACAUUGUGGUAUCGGACAACAAUUACCAAUGAAGUGUAGGAGCCGAAUAAAAGCUCCUUAGCCAUCUGGCUUGCGAGAUGGCUUUUCGAUAGAUCAUCAAGCGAAAGAGUUGGCUUGCUCGUUCGUUCUGACCAAAGCACAUCACCGGAUAAAUGUACAUCUCGUGCCGUCAUGAUGUCAGUUUCCGCAUUGUUCCACGGAUACAGUAUAUACUAUAUACCCAUCGAGGAUGCUUAAUAAUGCAUUCGCAAGAAGCAUUUGAAACAGAUGCACCUAUACUAAUCUCGUCUGUGUAAAUAACUCCGACAUCAAAAUGACGCAAACAAAUCAGGCAGCAUGGCUUCGAAAGGAGAAGACAAAACUGGAGGUCGGACCCGCCGAGAUAGGUAAACCUGGUCAUGACCAGGUCUUGAUCAAGAACAAAGCUGUCGCCAUCAAUCCAGUCGACUGGAAGAUGCAAGAUGGACAUUUGUUUCCUAUCAACGAGCCGAGGGUCAUGGGAAAUGAUGUUGCAGGUGAAAUCGUUGAAGUUGGUGAAGGCGUAUCCGAGUUCUCGAAGGAUCAGCGUGUGCUUGCUCAUGUCAUCGGCCUGGUCACCGGCAAAGCUGAAGAAGGCGGCUUUCAGAACUUCUCCCUUGCCAACACCAUAGGCGUCUGUCCGAUGCCCGAUAGUAUGACUUUUGAAGAAGCGUCCGUCCUCCCGCUAGCUAUAUCGACCGCUACGCAGGGUUUGUUUGCCAAAGAAUACCUCGCGCUGCCGAAGCCUAGUCACGAUGUGGAGGAGUUAGGCAAGACGUUAUUGGUAUGGGGUGCGUCCUCAUCGGUAGGAGCUGCUGCCGUUCAACUUGCGGUUGCUGCAGGAUUGAAGGUGAUUGCUACAGCAUCAAAGAGAAAUUUUGAUUUCUGCAAAGACCUUGGAGCCAGCCAGGUCUUCGAUUACAGCAGUCCUGGGAUUGUUGGUGACUUGACGGAUGCCCUACAGAAGGAUGAUGUCGCUGGCGCAUAUGAUGCCAUUUCCACUCGUGACACACAGUUGAAUACCGCUCAGGUCCUGGCUCAGCUUGGUGGAGGCAAGAUGGCAACUGUUCUCCCGGCAAGCGACGAGAUUCCUUCAACGGUGACAGCGAAAUCAGUAUAUGCCGUCAAUAUCUUGACGCAGGAUAAGCAACUAGGACAAGCAAUCUGGCAUGUCUUCAUGCCUGAUGCUCUCAAGAACGGGCAGAUUAGGCCACUACCAAAGCCGGACGUGGUUGGUCAUGGAGUAGAGCACAUUCAAGCUGGUCUUGAUAAGAACCGUGAAGGAGUUUCGGCAGCGAAGGUGGUCGUCACGCUAUGAGUUCCCAUGCUGAAUCAAAGAUUCAUACAUGGCCGCGUUUGACCCAGGAGACCCAACCAAGACCAAGUGUGCCAUCUUUCAAUUUCAUUCACAUCUGUUCCA